AGCCGUCUUAGCGGUUUGCUCGGGAGUCCGGGGGCCCGUGCCAAGAUUACAUUUUCACACGCCCCCGAGAGGAACAAGCUGCAUCAGCAGACCUUUGAGCCUUUUCCCCCUCAUGAACCUGCGACAAAGACUGCUGUCAUCUUGCCUUUCUGCAGCAGCCUGACCUGCGACUGGCAAUGGACUACAUGAACAACGCCUCCAACAGCUACAGUUCUGGAGACACCAUGAGCUCCUCCUUAGCCAACAUGACCAUCAACGACCAGCACCACCAGGAGAACGGAGUCCAGAUGGGACACAGAAGCCCCGGAGACGCCAAAAUGAAAGAGAACGAAGCAGCUCUUGGUGAGAAUGGGAUGAAAUCUGUGAGUGAACUCUCUGAGCUGGAGAGCCGCCACUGUGAGGCGGAGACGUGUGCAGAGAAAGGCGGCGUUGAAGCUCAGCCCUCGGGGAUAGAGAGCGCCUCGCAUGAUGGCGAGGGGCAGCUCGCAGCAGGAGGAGCAGCUUCAACAGCUCAAGCAAAGAUGGAUAACGGCUCUGCAGAUAAGACUCAAACUGCCACCAAACCAACCUCUUCCCUUAAAAGACCAUCCAUAGUCACCAAGGGCAACAAAACACAUGCUUCCUCGCGAAACGGCCACAGCUCCAUCCCCAUUAAAACCAGCAGCACAGGGCCCAGGCAGCCCGGAAGUCUUGGUGCAAAGUCUCAAACUCCUGGAGUCAAAACUUCUGCCAGAACUGCAGCUCAACCAGCUAGUGCCAAGAAACCUCCUACUCCAAAAUAUGAAAAAGAUGCCCAGAGUGGACAGAGCAGCCCUGGCACUCCCAAAUCUCCCUCUAGCCAAGCGCUCUCCGCGAAGGCUGCGGCCGAGGCCAACAAGGUGAAGAAGGUGGCGGUGGUGCGUUCUACACCCAAAUCCCCGGGCUCGCUGAAGAGCCGCCCACCGGCUCCUUUGGCCGCGGCGGCGCCCAUGCCAGACCUGAAGAACGUCAAGUCCAAGAUCGGCUCCACAGAGAACAUGAAACACCAGCCCGGAGGCGGAAAGGUUCAAGUCUUUGAUCUGAAGGUGGACUAUAGUAAUGUCCAGUCUAAGUGUGGCUCCAAAGACAAUAUGAAACAUGUACCUGGUGGCGGCAAUGUCCAGAUCCUGGACAAGAAGCUGGACCUGGCUAACGUCCAGUCUCGCUGUGGUUCUAAAGACAACCUAAAGCACACGCCCGGUGGAGGCAAGGUGCAAAUUCUUGAAAAGAAGUUGGACUUAAGCAAUGUGCAGUCCCGCUGUGGCUCCAAAGAUAAUAUAAAACAUGUACCCGGUGGUGGCAAUGUUCAAAUCCUGCACAAAAAGAUCGAUCUGAGCAACGUGACAUCUAAAUGUGGAUCGAAAGACAACAUCCGGCAUAAACCAGGCGGCGGAAACAUCGAGAUCAAAAAUGAGAAGGUGGAGUUUAAAGUCCAGUCCAAGAUCGGCUCUCUGGACAACAUCGGCCACGUUCCCGGAGGUGGACAGAGGAAG